GGAAAUGGCGUGCAAAACCGGAAGCAGAUCCUCUGGAGAAAGCAUUUGAAUUACCGUGCGGACGAAGUGUGGUUAAAAUUGUGUGUGUUUUCAAUAUAUUUGAUAACAUUAUGUCAGGGAUACCUCCAGAUACAUGGCAGCCUCCCACUAUUUCACUGGAGACAACGAUGGGGACAAUUGUGUUGGAACUAUACUGGAACCAUGCACCCAAAACCUGCAAAAACUUUGCUGAACUGGUUAGAAGAGGAUACUACAAUAACACAAAGUUCCACAGGAUAAUACAAAACUUCAUGGUGCAGGGUGGUGACCCUACUGGAACAGGUCGGGGUGGUGCCUCCAUAUUUGGAAAACAGUUUGAAGAUGAGCUCCAUCCAGAUCUUAAAUUCACUGGCGCUGGUAUAAUAGCUAUGGCCAAUGCAGGACCAGAUUCAAAUGGAAGUCAGUUUUUCCUCACGCUCAGACCCACUCAGUGGUUGGAUGGAAAGCACAGCAUUUUUGGAAGGGUUCAGCAGGGGAUUGGAGUACUGAGCCGGAUUGGGUUGGUGGAAACCAAAGGGCAAGAUCGACCUGUUGAUGAUGUAAAGAUUAUCUCUGCCACUGUGUCCAACUAAUUUUUUUUCAAUAAAUACUUUUUAAAGGAC